GGCCGCAUCUCUUCCAAACUGUAAGCAUUGAUGGGAGUGCUUCUGACGGGGCUGGGAGGAUUGGAAGUGCUGGAAGGAUCAGAAAAAAAUUGAGGAAGCUGAGUGUGGAAUUGUUGAUUGAUGAUGGCAGAAAAAGUCUUAGAGCAACUAGAUGUCCUGGAUAAGCAAGAAAAGAUACUCUUGGACCAAAGAGCAAAGAAAAACCGGCUUCAGACUGAAGGAAGAAAAAAGGUAUUGGUUCUCCCCCUGACAUUUGAUUUUCGGAUGGAAUUUGAAGAGGCUCUUGCUACACCCACAGCUAAGUCACAGUCAAAGACUAGAAAAAAGAAGUCAAGCAACAUCAAAAAAACAAAAAUGCAUGUCUCUUUCGAGCAUGAGACUCAACCUAGCAGGAGUGAUUUUGAAAAGCCAACCUUUAGACCACACUUUGUUCCAACAAAUACAAAAAUUGAAGAAACUAAGCCAACAGAGCAAGUAGAAGAUAAUCUAAAACCAAGAUGUGCUGAAGCUUUUCACUACCUUAAGGAUGCACCCGAGUCUCCACAAUCCCGUGGAAGAUCCUUGGGUUCGGCAACCCUGUCUCCUGAACUCAGCACUCCAACUAACGCUUCGGAAAGGCAAAAGGGCUCUACUUCAUGUGCAGUUUCAGCACAAAUUGAAAAUAAAACUAGCAACUCAUUGGAUUCUCUGGAUCACUUAGAAGAUGAUAUCAACAAAAGAAGAAAAGCUUAUCCACAGAUGAAUGGUUCUAACAUAAAAGAAAAUAAAUCUACCAGACAUCACCAAUUAAGUGAUUAUUAUUCACUAAAAAAGAAAACCUUGGUGCCUUUAUGCUUUGAGGAUGAACUGAAAAAUCCAAAUGCCAAGAUAAUCGUUAGUCCCACAAAGAGAGAACCUUUCCACACGGAACAAAGUGAAACAAAUCCCAUCAUUUUUCAUGACACAAGAAAUAUACAGAUGUCACUUUUGACCAAAAAUAGACUUUCUCCCUAUCCUUUGGACUAUGAAGAAGACUUUUAUUUACGUAAAAGAACAAAUUUUGUUUUAGAGAGAAAUUGUGACGUUCUCAAAUCUUUAGUUAGUGGGCAGUCUAUCACUCUUUGCAAGCCCCCCAAAACUACAGCUACAGCGUGGAAGAAAGAGAAAUGCUUCAUGCCUUUUGAAACAGGCAAUGGGGCCAUAAAGGAGAGACUAAAGGAGAACACUAACUAUCAGAAAUUAGAAAAGGGAUCUUGCAAGAAAUCCCCGCAAGCUUCUUCCAGCCUAGCCAAAACAGUCGCAGAUUACCUGGAUAAAGCCAUUGCUCAAGAAGCACUCCUGUAGUAUACAUCAGUUUCCUGGUGUGAUCUGCUUACUGAUUGCUUCUCACAAUACUCCCCCUGGUGUGCUGUAUCAUCUCAGGAACCUCAAAUGUUUAUAUGCAUCCUUCCGUGGUGCAGGAAAUAGUCUUAUUUUAAUUAGACCAAUAAAAACAGAACUAAAUCA